AUGGGGGGGCACAGGGGUCACGUCAUUUUUGGUCAAAGACUGCUGAACACUCAGUGUGGUGUGGGUAGGAGUAUUGUCAUAGUGGAAGAACCAAUCACCUGCUUGCCACAACUUGGGACGUUUCUUCCACAAAUCAUGAUGCAACUUUCUCAAAACUUCCAGAGAAAGACUUUGGUUGACCGUUUGAUCUGGAGGAACAAAUUCCAACGCCUCGUCUUCUUCCUGCUCAGCGCCAGCAUCAUCCCCAACGGCUUCAACGGCCUGUCGUCCGUGUUCCUGAUAGCGACCCCGGAGCACCGCUGCCGGGUGCCGGACACCGCGAACCUGAGCAGCGCUUGGCGCAACCACAGCGUCCCGCUGCGGCUGCAGGACGGCCGCGAGGUGCCCCACAGCUGCCGCCGCUACCGGCUCGCCACCAUCGCCAACCUCUCGGCGCUCGGGCUGGAGCCGGGGCGCGACGUGGACCUGGAGCAGCUGGAGCAGGAGAGCUGCCUGGAUGGCUGGGAGUUCAGCCAGGACAUCUACCUGUCCACCGUCGUGACCGAGUGGAACCUGGUAUGUGAGGACGACUGGAAGGCGCCACUCACAAUCUCCUUGUUUUUCGUGGGUGUGCUGAUGGGCUCCUUCAUUUCGGGGCAGCUCUCAGACAGGUUUGGUCGGAAGAAUGUACUGUUUGUGACCAUGGGCAUGCAGACAGGCUUCAGCUUCCUGCAGAUCUUCUCGAAGAACUUUGAGAUGUUUGUCGUGCUGUUUGUCCUUGUAGGCAUGGGCCAGAUCUCCAACUAUGUGGCAGCAUUUGUCCUGGGGACAGAAAUUCUUGGCAAGUCAGUUCGUAUUAUAUUCUCCACAUUAGGAGUGUGCAUAUUUUAUGCAUUUGGCUACAUGGUUCUGCCACUGUUUGCUUACUUCAUCAGAGACUGGCGGAUGUUGCUGCUGGCGCUGACGGUGCCGGGAGUGCUGUGUGCAGCACUCUGGUGGUUCAUCCCUGAGUCCCCCCGAUGGCUCAUAUAUCAGGGGCGAUUUACAGAAGCGGAGGCAAUCAUCCACAAGGCUGCCAAAAUCAAUGGGAUUGUUGCUCCCUCCACCAUCUUUGACCCAAGUGAGUUACAGGACCUAAGUUCCAAGAAGCAGCAGUCCCACAGCAUUCUGGAUCUGAUCCGAACAUGGAAUAUCCGGAUAGUCACCAUCAUGUCCAUAAUUCUGUGGAUGACCAUAUCAGUGGGCUAUUUCGGGCUUUCCCUUGAUACCCCUAACUUGCAUGGGGACAUCUAUGUGAACUGCUUCCUUUCGGCGGUGGUGGAAGUCCCAGCGUAUGUGUUGGCCUGGUUGCUGCUGAGGCAUCUGCCCCGACGCUAUUCCAUGGCCACUGCUCUCUUCCUGGGUGGAGGAGUCCUACUCUUCGUGCAGCUGGUGCCCCCAGACUUGCAUUAUUUGGCCACAAUCCUGGUGAUGGUGGGCAAGUUUGGAGUCACGGCUGCCUUUUCUAUGGUCUAUGUGUACACCGCUGAGCUGUACCCUACAGUGGUCAGAAACAUGGGUGUGGGGGUCAGCUCCACAGCAUCCCGCCUGGGCAGCAUUCUGUCUCCCUACUUUGUUUACCUUGGUGCCUAUGACCGCUUCCUGCCCUACAUUCUCAUGGGAAGUCUGACCAUCCUGACAGCCAUCCUCACCUUAUUUCUUCCAGAGAGCUUCGGUACCCCCCUCCCAGACACCAUUGACCAGAUGCUAAGGGUCAAAGGAAUAAAAUACAGGCAGACUCCAAGUCACACAAGGAUGCUAAAAGAUGGUGAAGAAAGCCCCAAAGUCCUUAAAAGCACAGCCUUCUAACACAGCAUCCAGUGAGAAACUAAAGAAUUGUCAGAAAUGGCUUGUGCAGAUUCUGAGUCCUUCCGUGACAAAGGCCUUGCUGUUUAUUCUCUUGAACUGUGUCUGACUUGCUCAUGGAUGGACACCCACACUCAGAGGCUGCAUAUGGUCCUAGAAUACCACCUUCCUCUAGAGACACCAUGGCUACCUACAGACAAUUUCAGAUAAGUCCUAACUAUUACAUUGAUGGACUUGGCACUUUCUAAGAAGUUAAUUAUUCACUAGAACCUGUGAGAUGUGGAGGAAUAGAAGACGCAUCUGCUAGGUUGGCAUUGUAAUUUUUUUGUAAAGGGCCCUAAUAAGACUAGAGGUCUAAACCCCUCUCCCCCAUCCCUUACUUCUCUCUAAUGGUGAACGUUAGAGGACAAGAAAUCAUCUCACAGCGAGUUUGAUUUCUUACCUUUUCUUAGUUACAAAGAACAUUAGCUGGGAUUGUUGCUUCCCCAGAGCAGGAGAGCACAGGGUAUAGGGAAACAUAAAGGUAAUGAAAGUGGAGGAGAAUGAGAAUGAGGAGAAUGAACAGAACAUGGGCAAGUACAUUGACUUGUGAAUUCUUGGACCACUCAGAUGACUACUAGGUAGACUUGUUUACACCUGAUCAGAGACCUGGGCUUGCCAGACCCAUGAGAAAUGCAUUGUUGAAUCUACUAUUCUUGUUUUCCACUACUGUGUAAAUCAAACUUUGCUUCUAUAGCUUCUUAUGUACAGUUUGAAGGAAGUAUAUCAAUGAGAGAGACAAGCAACUAUCUCUCAAAACUGUAAUGUGGGGUUGGUUUUGUUUUGUUUUUUGUUGUUGUACCUUUUUCUCCUUAAGUUAUUUGCCCUUCAGAAUAGACUUGUGAAAGGCUGGUUCCUGGUUUGUGUCUUUUUUAAUUUUAUCACAGAGUCACUCUGGCAAUGGUCUGCAAUUGUCACGGGUGCAAGGCCUUGCUAACCUUAGCCUCUAGCACUUCUCUGAGUGCCAAAAACAAUGUCAUUGUGUGUGUUCCUCUUGUGAUACCUAGUCAUAGGAAAAAAAUUACAAAAAAGAAAUGUAAAUUGUGCUCACAGUCUUUCACACUUGCUCACUUCAGUCAUGUAACAUUAUUGGAGAUAUUUUGCGUUUAGUGAAAUUGUCUUCUCUUUGCUGAUUAUGUUACUGUGGCACUUACAAAGCAUGUGCUUCACUUGAUUAAAAAAAAGAAAACAUUUUUGUGAAAGCUACUGAAGUGCCUUGGGAAAUGAGAAAGUUUUAAUAAGUAAAAUGACUUUUUAAAUAACAA